AAGGCCACAGCUGUGUUUGCUGGGCUCUUGCAAAGGGAAAAAGCGUCACUGACUGAUUACAACAAUGAGCGCAGUGAACGAGCAUGUUCGCCGACUUUAAACUGGAGUUUACUUCGGCGAAACAAGCCACUACAUUCAUUCUACAUGUGCUCACUCAAAAUUUCCAACUCCCCUCUUUUAAAUGGAGCUAGAGGACCAAUGGUGGAAAGGACAACUGGCUGCAGAUAUUUACCAGGCGCUGAGAUUCAAAGUGAGUACGAACUCAAGCUGCCUUCUUUCAAAAGCCAGUCACCUCAGCUCAACUUGAGGCGAUACUUUGCUGACCUCAUUGCCAUUGUCAGCAACCACUUCCGGCUGUGUCCGGCAGCCAGACACCUGGCCGUCUAUCUGCUGGACCUCUUCAUGGACCACUAUGACGUCACAGUGCAGCAGCUCCACAUGGUCUCCCUCUCAUGUCUGCUUUUGGCCAGUAAAUUUGAGGAAAGGGAGGACAGGAUUCCCAAGCUGGAGACGCUGAAUAGCUUGGGCUGCAUGAGCUCCAUGAACCUGGUGUUGACUAAGCAAGCUUUGCUACAUAUGGAGCUCUUCCUAUUGGAAUCCUUCCAGUGGAACUUGUACCUCCCUACAGCGGCCCAUUUCAUCGAUUACUACCUCUCUAUUGCAGUCCACGAGGGAGAUCUCCAUGAUGGCUGGCCUAUGACCUGUUUGGAGAAAACUAAACUCUACAUGGCAAAGUAUGCGGAUUACUUUCUGGAGGUUUCCUUACAAGAUCAUGCGUUUUUGUCUUUUGUUCCCUCUCUGGUGGCUGCUGCAUGUGUUGCUACCUCACGCCUUACUCUGCACUUGUCCCCUACAUGGCCCGCCCGAAUGCAGCGCCUCACAGGCUACACAUGGGAGAACUUAGUCACAUGUGCUGAGAAACUUCUCACAGCACAUGACAGUGAUGUCAAAGAGGCCAACAAACAGAAGUGCCAACAGCCGGGUCAAUCAAUGUACCACACUUCAAGCCAGGCAGCUACUGUGGCCCAGUACCUUCACCUGCCCAGCAUGCAGUACGCGCAGCAGGCUACACAGCCAGCUUUAGCACCAAACCACCGGCCUGCUACCUAUCUGGGCCACACUACUACCCUGCAUGCCCCAAAUGGCCUCCCGCUGGCUAGUACUCAGGGUAUCACACCCUCCCUGGAGCCAAAGUCUAACAUGCCUAACAGGGCUUACCAAGUCAGCAUGCAUUAUGCAUGUGCUCCAUGUUUUGACAGAUGAUGGACUGAUAUGAUUGACAAAUCAGGAUGAGAAGUUGAGAUCUUUUUCUAAGUACUAAAAAGUAUUACAUUAAAGAAAAUGGCCGUGUUUUAAUUUGAGGGGACUUGCUGUAUCAGGUGUGGCACCACAUUGGUGUAAGAUAUGUGCAAUAUGCAUCUGCUUGAGUAAUUUUCUGUGGAGAGCCAGUAUUAGGAUUUUUGUUCAAGAUAAUUGAUAGAACUGUUGUGUCCUGUGGUCAGAGUACCACUUUGCAUAGCUGUACAACUAGUGUUGCUCUAUACCUUAGCGUCAGAGCGAAGAUCUUAUAUUUAUUUAAGACAGAUUACCUCAGAAGUAUCUAGCAGACAUUAUUGUGGCUGACAGCCUUGCUGUUGAUUACAAUGCUAAAUUAAAAUCAACAGCAGAUUUCAUGUCAUUUUGUGUUAUGUCAUUUCUUGAGCAUAGAUUGUGUAUUUUUUCUGUACUUUUUUGUUUACUUGUGAACUGUGGAAAUCUCAGUUCAUUUGCAGAGAAAUAUGUUGCUCUUCUACACAAGAUUAUUUCAGUGCUGUGCACUAACAGUAGUUUUAAUAAAAUACAAAUAUCUAA